GUGCGGUGUCAGGUCUCUGACUCAAUUGAUGAGGUUUCAAGUGCGCGUUUCAGAUGGAUUGUGCAGAACGUUUUACUAUUUGUAACUUUUUUAUCCUUUUGUAUUAAGUCAACACUUCGACUUUCAGAAUAGGAAUACGUUUUUGUAGUUUUAUAUAGUUUUUUGAAAAAAAUGGUUGGGAUUUUCCAUACAGCGAAAAUGUUGAAAGUUUUGUGAAAGAGAACACCCCUUUUUUAGGAUUAGACUGACUGAAGUCUUCAACCAAGACAUUUUUACAGAUUUCUCUUUAAUUUGUAGUGUGCUAACAGGCAAACUCUGCGAGCAGCAAGGAUCUGGAAAAAGUCUGCAAAAGAGUUUCAGCAUGGGUAAACAGAACAGCAAGUUACGCCCUGAGGUUCUGAACGACCUACGGGAGAACACGGAGUUUACAGACCAUGAGCUCCAGGAGUGGUACCGAGGUUUCCUCAAGGACUGCCCAUCCGGUCACUUAACGGUUGAGGAGUUCAAGAAAAUCUACGCCAAUUUCUUUCCAUACGGUGAUGCUUCAAAGUUUGCGGAGCACGUCUUUCGCACCUUUGACACCAAUAGUGAUGCCACCAUUGACUUCCGGGAGUUCAUUAUUGCUCUGAGCGUGACCUCACGUGGAGGCCUGGAACAGAAGCUCCGUUGGGCGUUUAGCAUGUACGAUCUGGAUGGGAAUGGAUACAUCAGCCGGGCUGAAAUGCUGGAGAUUGUACAGGCAAUUUAUAAAAUGGUGUCAUCUGUGAUGAAGAUGCCCGAGGAUGAGUCAACUCCAGAGAAACGAACAGACAAGAUUUUCCGACAGAUGGAUACAGAUAAUGAUGGCAGACUUUCUCUUGAGGAAUUCAUCAAAGGUGCCAAGAGUGACCCUUCUAUCGUCAGACUACUGCAGUCUGACCAAAGCAGCACCUCUCGACAGUUAUAAAUACAGGUUUAAAAGCAGCUGACAGGAAGUCACACGCUCACUGAAAAGACCGAAACAUUCGAAGUGAUGAACUACUACAUACUUUUCUCCACGUUUAAGGGUAGUUAACAGUUUAAGCAUCAGUAUUCCAGCAUGUUCUGUAUUGAUGAGAUAUGUAUAAUGCAUGGGCUUUGUUUGCAUUAUAAGGGAUGACCAAAAAACAUAUUUUUAACUGUUUGCAUUCCACGCAAGGAUGGUAAAUAGUCUGCAAAUCUCGCUAAUUUGGCCAAAACAUGAAGUGUAGUUUCUCAUUCCUUAAUCUGAACCACUCCAAAACACCAUUUACAUUGCCUGAGCAUGUCUUAAACGUGCAAAUACUGCUCAUUGUAGUGCUUUCAUCAGGUGUCUUUUGGCCGAAUGCCAUUUUGUGCUACAGGUGGAGCAAGUGUUGCUAUCCGGCUUAUUACUCUUAAUGUAUUGUUAAAUUGAUGUUACAGAAGUGGAGCACGUUUGGCAGUGUUUGUUCUCAGGAGUUAAGUAAAUGAUUUAAGAUGUAAUAUUGUUGAACUGUUUUCAAGUGCAAUAGCAUAUAUUCAAAACCUGGUUGGCUUUUCCAUACAGCCUUGGAAGUAAAAAACUGAAGCCAUCAGCAUUGGGUCUGCUAUGGUGGUUUAGUCAUUAAUAUUUUAACACUGUUGUUCAUUUGGCCAUAUGGGGCAGAUUAAAUGACAGACAGGUGGUUAGUUUUCCCUCAUCCUUUCUCCAGUCCAGUGUCAAAACAACACAGAAGCUGUAGCGCUAUAAAAUGUAGUAACAUUUUUAAUUUUAUUGAAAUAUGUGUCUGCAGGUUUUGUUAAUGGAGGGAAGUAUUUUCUUAUUGUUUUACUUGUGGGGGUACUGCUUUUAAUUUCUUUAUAUGCAUGUGUGGUAUUUCUGUGCUUUUUCUGUAUUUUUUCCUCAUAUUUUUGCUCUAAAGUGCAAUGCCAAAACAAAUAUUGUACUGGAUAUAUUCGAUUUAUGAGUCGUUUCUAAUUUCGUCCAGUGUUAAUUGUACUGUAAGCAAUGAUGGUUGAAAAUAAUGCAGCUGAGAAUGGGACGUCUAGCCAUAUUUUUGUGAAGCCAAAGCACUGGUGCAAACGGUGUAAAUGUCGCAUCCUUACAAAUGAAAAAUGUACUGCAUGAAUAAAUCACUGAUACAGUAUAUUGUAUAUUUGCCAUUUAAA